AUGGUGUUUUUUCUUUUCCUUUAUCGUAGGGAAUUUGUGUACUUGCCCAAUUAUCGACGCUUUCCUAUGCUGAGGUUACCACCUCUUUUUAUGCGGCAAGCAGCUUUUUAUACAUCGUGUGCCCAUACGACAACAUCGUCGGCGAGAAUCAUCAGGAGUUCACACAACAACAAACAAAGCACUGUUUCUCAGGAAUGUUUAUCCUUUUCACCUGCCAAUACGAUCGAAGAAAUUGUGGAGAAAGGAGCGAGCACCACUUACCAUUUAAAAUUCCAUCCUGAUGAGAUUAGCGAUAGACCAAAUUUGGGGCUUGAUAUAGAUAAGGAUAGGAGCUUGUCCACCGGGUUCGAUGGCAGGUUCAGCACCGCAUCUGGCACGGAAUGCAACGACAGAGACAAAGCAAUAAUGGAUUUCAACAAAGCCAAGGUUCGUCUUUCGUAUUAUGCCUCAAUAAUUGGAAACCGCCCCCUGAAAUCCUCCCAUUCUACAGUUCCCUCCAUUAGUGAGGACGAGCUCGCUGAAGUUCGGAACAUCUUGGAUUGCAUAAUUCAGUCUGAUCACCAAUUCAAGAACUACUGCAUACUUGAUUCAUUCCGUGUAGCUUACCACUUUGGGUUCCCCAAGAGAUGCUGUGAACUCUAUACGUCCGUAGCCCGGGAUGCCUUGGGUGGUGGAGGCAAUGGAGAAAAUCGCCUCCCCUUUCCUGAGGCCGUGUUGAUAUCGGAAAUUGUCCUGGAAGCGGCGGCGGCGACGAUGGACCUGGAAACUCUGAGCCUGUGCACCGGAAUCGUUGAGAAGAUGGCCUCCAUCGCUUCGACGUCUGUUCAAAAACCGCUUGAGGUGCCAGCCCCUGCUGUCGUUUCGGCGCUGCGGUUGUACUGGUAUUUAGUUUUACUCUUGCGGGAUCACCAGUUUGCUCCCAAACUCAGCUCCUCUACGGGUCUUACGGAGGAGGCUGCGGCGCACGACAUUUCAAUGUCCACAAAGGUAGAGAAGUCCCAGCGAUUCCACGCCUCUUUCACAACCCUCGCAACACGGGUUGUGAAUAUUUUAGGGGUCGUUGAGGCGAACAGAAACGCGUUUAUCGUCGCGUCGGUGCGCCUUGCGUUCUAUAACAAGAAUGUUGUGGACGGCCAGGCCGCAGUGUACCAUCAAGUGUUUCGCCACUGGUGCCUCCAGCAUUCGGAUGCGCCGAAGAGCCAAGAACGGCACGAUCACGACGAUGGUACUCCAAACAAGGAAGGAUACUCUGUGCCGUCGUGGUUUACGGCUCACUGCUUGCACGAGUUCAUGCGCAGUGUUAUCUACACAAGGCGACAUGAUAUUGCCGAGGUGUAUUCCCUUCACGUGGAUCUUUUUUGGCGGCGCCGGAGGCGAUCACCUCUGGCGCCGCACCACACUGAAAAGCCACUUGAUUACGAUGAAGACGCGCUUGUAGGGAGCAUGGUGCGCUACUUUGCAUUCUCACGACAGACGCGACGAGGGGUUCUUUGGGUGCAGUCGCUGAUGAGCCAAUUUCCUGGAUAUGUCCCAAGCAUCCCGGUGUGCAAUGGGAUCGCCCGCCUUGCGGCGGCUGAACGAGACAUUUCACUAUCAAAAUGGUGCCUCAGCCACCUUCUUAGUGAAACGCAGCCUGUUCCCCCUACCUCGACAGAGCUCUACGCCUGCCUGUGCGCCAAUGCGAGGGUGGGCAUCCCCAAUUUCGACCAAGUCCUGCACUCCUUGCAGGAGAAUCAACUUGUCCAGCUCACCGAGGAGGAGCUUCUCCAUCUUCGACUGCUGCACUGUAGGGCCAGCACCCAAUGGCAGAAUAUUUCCACAAUCGUGCGCCAGGCCGCGCCGUCUGUGGCAAGCAUCAACGACGGGAAUAUCGGGGCCGCUUUAACACUAAGCUCAACGGGAGUUUUCACCGCCGAGGAUGAUUACCGAUCCUUUGGGAUUGCUCGCAUAUUGGAUGGCCGUUUCGAGUACCUUGAAACGAACCCUCGUAGUGUUUUCUCGAUAAGGAAUCUCGAUCAGCUGCUGCUUGUUAUGCAAGAGAGUGAGCAUUCGCACUUUUUGGCGUACUACCGCUUCUUUCUUAGCCGUUAUAUGAAUCUUUUGAGUUUGGAAAAGCGUGCACAAUGGGCUGGGCUUGCCCUCGUCUGGGCAUUGACUCGUGUGGGCAAGAUGUCUAAAGAGGAUAUUCUGUACAUCGCAUGGGAAGUUGCCCAACUUUUACAGUUGCAGCGAACUGGUGAUCCAAAAGUUGACCGAACGCCAAACGAAACCCUGGACGUAAUUUUGCCAGGCACCGAAAAAAGUUUACGCAGAAGAUGGGGAAUGAUUUGCAUUCACUUUCCACAGGCCUGGUGGAAGCAACUGUUCAGCAAAAAAAUAAAACAACAGAAACACCAACUUCUCCGCAAUUCCGGCUGGAAUGGUGGAACUAGUAAAAGAGGUGUCGACACUGUUUUGAUUGAUGAAACGACUCUCAAGUCCAUAAUUCAUGCAUAUGAAUCGUCGACGUUGCCGUCUGCGAGGUUCCUCAAAUAUCAUACUCGUGGAUUAUGCACUGAUCUGACAUCCACACGGCUGUUUGAUGAUGUAACAUUGGCCAUCUUCCGCGAAGAAACCCCCUGGAAUAUGAUGGAGAGAAAUGCUUGCUAUUUGCUAGCUUCUAAAAGGGAAUGGUGGCGCCUUCAAAGUAAUUAA